AUGAAAGUGCACAUAUGGCAAGUUCGACUGCAGCUUCAGUUGAGCGCUGGCAUGACCGUUUUGGAAUUGGUAACCAAUAACGCAGUAACUGGAAUGGACAUCAAGGUAAAAAGAAAAUCAGACAUUGUCGAACAAGUUGAUCUUCUUGUUGCCGAAUAUAAAGGAGCUGGUCAUGCUAUACGACGAAUGCGAUCUGAUAACGCUGCUGAAUUUCAUGGCCAGGAGAUGACGAAUGUUAUGAGAAAAUACUCCAUUAAACAAGAAUUUUCAACACCUCGUGUUCCUGAACAAAAUGGGCGUGCUGAGCGCCAAAAUCGAACAAUUGUCGAAAUGGCACGCACCCUACUUAUAGCUGCACAUUUGCCCACGAGACUCUGGGCUGAAGCCUGCCGCACUGCAGCAUAUAUACGUAAUUUGAUUCCUUUGAGAAGACUUCACGGCAAAACACCAAGUGAACUGUUUUAUGGAAGAAAACCGGAUGUUAGUCAUCUUCGUGUGUAUGGAAGUACGUGUUACGUGCAUAUUGAAAAAGAUAAGCGCAAAAAGUUUGACAAAAAGAUUAUAGAGCCGGACACUUCCAGUGUUGUAACGUUAGAAAUGAACCUAAGAAAAGAAAAACAAGCAGAGACUGUGGAUGGUUCACAGACCGAAGAAGAAACGCUCAUAAGUGAAGAAGGUGAACAUUCAACCAGUAGUAGUGUUCCUGACAAUGAUGAAGACUUUUUGCCGAAGGGACCGUCGUGUCAACUAAGUGAGUUCUACGUACGGCUACCGGAGAAAAAGCGGUUGUUCAUGGCGAAGCUAACGUGUCACUUGAAAUCGGUAAAGCUGUUUUUGAUUAUCGAGUCAGAAAUUGAAGAUGGGCUAGACCUUUUACAAAAAUACGAUUUUGACAUGAAUUUAAGAGUACGCGUUCUGAGACUGAAUGAUGAAGAAUUCUGUUUCAUCAAAGAUAGACAGGAGGCUGUAACCCGGAAGUACAGCCUGAAGAAAGACAAGAAGAAAAGGGCGAAAAAGAAGAAAAUCUGGAUCUGCAACAGCAACAGUCUCUACCUCCAGAAAUGA